GACUAGUUAGUAGGUCCUCUGACACCGCGGAGUGCAGACGUGCGGAGUGUAGCCGCUACAAUCGUAAUGCCACACUUUGAUAACUGAGCGGUCGCGUCCCGCAGAAAUUAUGACUUAUGGACCGCCAGCCGAGAAAGAAAGUGGCCGAUUUAUAAUUCUAGAGCGAAAAUUAAGAAUAGUGUCCAGAUAUUGGGAGGUCUUCGGCGAUACGUCCGCCGUGAGGCUCCCGCGUCCGAAGGAACUCGUCUAAACUUUUCAGACUUUUAUUAUUACUUUAGUGUUUUAGUGAAACAGGUGAACUGUGUUUUUUUUGUGUUGAGUUUUUUCGGGGUUUUAUUUUGCACGAUGGUACCCCAGCAAAUUUCGGAUGUGCGUUCACUGACGCCCACCUCGAGCGGCGUUCCUGUUUUUGGAUCGCAACUGGUGGACAAAAACUCAUCAACGCCAUACACUGAUGCUACUCAGACGAAAAAGAACAACCCGAACCACAUCAAGAGACCGAUGAACGCUUUCAUGGUCUGGUCGCAGAUCGAGCGCAGGAAAAUUUGCGAGCAAACCCCGGAUAUGCACAACGCGGAAAUAUCCAAAAAUCUUGGCCGCGUAUGGAAGACCUUGAACGAUGAAGAGAGGCAGCCCUUUAUCGACGAGGCGGAGAGGCUUCGGCAGCUACAUAUGCGCGAGUACCCGGACUACAAGUACAGGCCUCGCAAGAAGACCGCGAAACCUGCGCAAAGAAGCGGCGCGGUUACGAAACAGAAGCGUAAACAACGCGCCGAUAGCAAUAACAACAGAGGUGUGUCCAGGCGGCGAAGUCGGCCUGCGCCUACGGUCCCGAGCGUUCCCGUGGAGACGCCCGCGCCGUCCGCCCUGCCCGCGUCCCCGGCGGGCUCCCCCGACUCGCCCGAGUCCGCCUGCUUCUACGACGACAGCACGCGGCGUGACCAGACGGACCUCACGGAGCUGUACUCCAUCACGGACCUGCUGCCGCUGCCCGCGGACUGCGAGGUGGACCUGGACGCGCUCACGGACAUGGAGUCGUUCGAGACGGCGUCGUCGUCGUCGGGCUCGCACUUCGAGUUCUCGUGCACGCCCGACGUGUCGGACAUGCUGAGCGAGAUCGGCGUGGCGGGCGACUGGGACGACCACACGUUCUCGUCGUACCUCACGUCGUCCUAGAGCGGUGCCCGUCGCCACUGCCACCACUGAUCUCAUUCGAGCCGCCACAGGGGGCCGACGACGCGGCGACCGCUCGCCGCCCCGCCUAGAGAGUGCCUACAUCCAAUUGACGUGUCGACAUUUGGAUUCAAUGUACAAAGUUAUUUAAUAAGAUUCGAGGGUGAAAUUUAAUUUCUAAGUACACCGGCCGCGUGGCCGGGUUCAUCUUCUUUUUGUCUCGGUUAUUCCUUUGUGUUGAAUGCGAACUAUCGGACAACGGCUCCCCGGCUGCGCCGGGUUCAGAACGUAGGCUGUGAGUUGGUUCUCGUUAAAACGUGUUGCUUUUCGUAAAGGUUUUGUUGAAAACAAAAACAUUUGGGGUGAUUUCCAAACGGCACGUCUCAGACGCAUCUCAGUAAACAAUCCGUCUUACUCUCCGUCGCUGGUAAGCAAGCUACGCGCUACGGCCCGCUCGGGCCUCGGGUCGCUCGUCGCAUGCUCGCAUCGCGUUGUCGCGUCCGUGUUCUAUACGUGUACAUUACUCGACUUGGCUUCUAUUCUAAGUUCGCAAUUGCCGCUCUUCAUUUUACGUUAUUAACAAUUUACCGCAAGAAAGGGUCGUUUCUUUACACAUAAAACGUCUUAGUCGAAACAUUAUAUCGAUCGAGUAAUAGAAACAUAGGACUAGGUUAUAGUCACGUUCGUCUUACGUUCUGUUCACUGUACGUAAGUUCACUUUAUAUACUUUGAUGCACACAUAGUUAAUAGUUCGACAUUAUAAUUUUACAAUUGGAAGCUAAUCGGUAUGUCAGUUGAUGAAUUUCGGAGUGCGGGAUUUUCGAGUAGGAGUUUUUGGAGGGAGUCCCUUGCCGUGCUUUGAUUUCGGUAUGUAUUGGAACGAGCCACGCGUGUAUUUCGGUCGACAGGCCACCCUUCUCAUUCGUUGCGCGCGUGACUUCUUGUGAAUUCAUUGUUAGCACGGCGGGGGAUCUAGGUAGGUGUGUAAAGUUGAUACGUCUUGCUAUAGUGUACGUUAGGUCGUUUAAGGUAAGGUAAUUUCCGUUCAAUGGUAAGGUACGAAAAUAUGUAAGAAAUGAUGGCACCUCAGGAUCGAUGCGAAGGGACACUGUUCGAUUUUCUUCUUUCUUUCUACAUCUUCACGCUUCAAUUUGUAAAAAAACGUCUAUAGAAAGAUACAUAUCAAUAAAGGGGGUGUAUUGAAUUCGCGGGACGAUGGAAAAAACUUAUCGUGUGGACAAAGUACUAGUUCGGUUCCAAACAAAUGUUUUGCUGUUUCAAACUCUGUGAUUUACUUUAUGGAUUUUCUAAAUUAUAAGGAUCUAGUGGAGACUGAUAUCGCAUAGAUUAGUUUUAGCAGCGCUAGCUUCUCUGACUUUUUAAUUUUUAGAACUGGGCAUAAUUUUAGUGAGGAAAAGAACAAUACGUACCUAUUUUUGAUAAUUUGCCUUUCUGUGGAGAUCGGGUUGCGACCCCAUUACCAACUUAGCACUUGCAAUAUUGGUUUCUAGAGCUAGGAAACGUUUUUUACGAAUUUAUAGUUGCAAAUGUCAAUACGGCGUUGGGCCCGAUGUCCACAGCAAUGCAGGGCUAAACACAAUUUGUAUAAGAAAUUCGCAGAAACUGUCAAUUCAUUGAAAAUGGAGUCAGUUAGUUAGCGGGGUAAUGUUUCUGAAACGAAUAUUACCUCAGUCAUUUUAAGAUAUAAUUAUAAAUCUUCUAAAAUAUACUUUUUCAGAUAACGAACAAUAUUUGUAGAUAAUCUGUGUCCCUAAGAUAUAUUUCAUUAUAGUAAGGGAUCCGUUGUGCUGAUUGAUAAAAAAAAGAAAAUGCUUUACUUAUAUUAUUAUAUUCUUAUAAAUAUAUUAUGUAAAAAUGACUUCGUGUAUUAACUUAGUGAGUGUCUACGAAAUCCAAUUAUUUUUAAAGAAAAUGCAUAAAAAUACAUGUUAUCUAUACAUUAUCGUGAUGUGAAUACUGUCUUGUGUGUCGUAGGGCGAUAUUAUAUUAUACAUUAUAUGGAUAAUAAAAAGAAAAAGUAAAUUUGUGCCUAAUGAAUAAACUUGAAAAUUUCAUAAUAUUAUGUAUAUUUUAGUGAUGCUCAAGGUAACUUUAUAAGCGCGUAGUGUUUUAUUAGAUGCUGUUUAAAUCUGUGUAAAUCAUAAAAUUAAGAUUUUUUUGAAUGCCAGACAUGCAUUUGCAACUAAUUUUGCUUCUCUAUAAGUUUCAGGGAUCUAUAAAUAUUUCACUAGAUGCGGCAAUAGUAACAAACAUGUUCUAACAACCAUCGGUGUCCGCAUUCCUGUCAGUCGUACUCGACUUUUAGAUGAAGUCCGUUCUUACGAACAUAGAUAACUUGGAUCAGACUAUAGGUUCUAACCUAAAGCUACCACGCUACGUACCUUACAAACACACUACAUCUAAAGAUUGACAUUUGAUAGAAGUGCGUACACCGAUGUUCAUCAGAACAUGUUAUUACUAAGUGCCGCAUCCAGUGAAACAUUCAUAUCGCUGAUAAGUUUGCUUUAUUGUUUUAUCAUUAUUUUGUGAUCAUAAGUAUCAGCAUUCACUACUGCACCUUCUUCCAAAAUGUUUCCCAAUCCAAACGAACGUGUUCAUCUUUCGCCAAGCUCAUUAAAUGCUUAUAUUUCAUCAUUUAUGAUAUUGGUGUGGUAGUGAAUGUAAGCAUUAUUAUAAAUAAUCACAUAAACAAUAAUAUUUACUUCUAUAAUGAUAGAUAUAAUCUUUUCGUUAGCUUAAAACUCAAAGUUUUGUAAACUUGUUAAAUCAGCAAAAUAUUUGCGUUUACAGAUUUAAAUAUCAAUUUCUUAUGAAGUGCAGCAUUAUUAAUGUAUAAUUUUUAUAUUAUGUUUUUUUUGGCAAUUUUGAUAUUUAAUUUUUGAAUCCACCAUUAUAAGUAUAUAUAUUUUGUGAUAUUUCUAAUUUGGCUUACUAUGUGCAAGUUUUUGAAAAUAUUUAACUUCAUCAGAUUAUUUAUGACUUAUCUUAAUAUUGCGCUUUGAUAAAAAUGUUCACUUUAAAGAAUUAAAGCAAUAUACUAGUAGUGACAGCAACGCUCAAAUUAGAUUAAUAUCUCCUCAAAAUACUAUGAUAUUUGUCAUCUAUUUCUUAUUCGAUUAUUUUUACAAAUUCAUCAUCUCAAUUUGCAUUAACAGUCAUGAUUAUUACGGAUAUAAUUUUUGUAAUAUUUUCGUAGUUUAUACCAUCUUUUUAUCUAAAAUAAUUAAGGAAAUUUAAAUUUUAAAUGCCACUAAAAAUUUUGAUAAUGAGGAGGAUAUUAGAUACUAUUAUAACCCCAAAGUAUUCGUAAAGCAACAUCGAAUUUAUUGUUGUAUUUAGCGCUUCUUAAUGUGGUUCUUCAAUAAUUGGAAUUAUCAGGGUUUCGAUGUUUUCUUUCAAAUAAGGAUUGUAAAAAACCUUUUGUAAAAAAUUCUCUCUUUGAUUCCCUGGUGUGAUCUGUUCUAACGUUUCCGAAUUCUUUGCUUCAACUGAUAGGCUUUUUCCUUCGUAGCCUUUUUAAAAUCUAUCAAGGUAUUUUAAAGUGUAAAUAAAUAAGUAUUGAAAACUGUUUAUAAUAAUGUAAAAGUCAAAAUAAAGCGAUACUGUGAGAAAAAUUAGAGGGUAUUUGUAUGCGUCUCAAAUAAAAUAAAUAUCACGGAAGACGCAGUUAGUUGUUGUAGGUUAUAUAAUGUGUAAUUAAAAUAAUUGUGUAAAAAAUUGUUGUAUACUUCAUUGUAUCUUGACUUUUUCAACUACAUCUUUGAAUGUUUGAUUACAUUCUUUGUUUAGAUCAAAGAAUUGAAUCAGAUGAUCAGAGAUGUUAGUUCUUCUGUUAAGAUCUUCAACUCUUUCAACUUCAUGAACUUAACUACUAACUAAAACCGAAAAUCAAUCUUCUGUGUCGGUUGAUGGAAUUAAACGUAAUUGUGAGAUAUAAUCUCUUUUGAAAAGAUAUUAAACACCGUCUGUUAGUUGAAGAAUAGAAUUGAAGAUCCCAAAAACUUUGCCUGAGUCUAUGCUUAAAAAUCGCUUGUCAUACAAGUAGAUCGGUGUUUUCUUACUGAAACAAUAUAUAAGUAGGUUAAAAAUUAUGUAUGUUUAACAUUAUAAUACAUAAAAGUAAGUCAUAAAUGCAAUUCGAUGGAAAAAAUGUUAGUGAAUCAUUCACAGAACUGAAAACGUUAAAAAUAUUCUCGUUAUGUUGUUUGAAAAAAUUGAACGUAAUUAUUAUAUUAUCUCUGUAUCAUAUGUAUGUAUCACUGUUGUUGAUUUAUUUAAUAAGCGUCUUCUAUCGUAAGGUUUAUUUAAUUUACAUUUCAAUACUUUGAGACACAACGAAGCAAAUUCUGUUCCCCCCUCUACGUUUUCAAUAGCACCUAUUCCCUAUAAUUAAUUAGUCUUACUGAUAUAUAAUUGGUGUCUAUAAGAUGAUUAAAGUUAAACAAUAAUUAAACAUAAUAUUCUAUGACAACUUCAACAAGUAGUGAAUGCAUAUUCAUAAUUAUAAAAAAUAGAUAUCUGAUUCGUUGUUGGCGUAGAUGUGUCAUUAUUGAAUAACAAUUAAUAAAUAACUAUUAUUGGUACGACGAUUAAAGUUAAUGAUAAUAAUUAUAAAACAAAACGAAAACUUCGCACAAUCUGAGUCAAGGAAUUAACAUAGGAUUAAUAGAAUAGGUAUUAAACGUAAAAUAGUAACUGUUAAUGUUACAGGUUUAAGUGUGAUAGUUAUUUUUACGUUCCAUUUCUAUUUACUCAGAAAAACGUCUGACAUUCUGUCGAUCUAUUUGGAACUUUGUUUUGCUUUAAUUCGUAUUCUUAAUUAUUCGGAUAUACAUAACCACACCAUUUUAGUAGAUUAUAAUCGUGUAUAUUUUUGUAUGAUAAUAUUAUUAUUUGACUCCUUGCUUUGAUUUUAUUCAGAAUUUAAGUUGUGCUAACUCUGUAGGAUUUUCGAUCAAAUUUAUAAGGAACAAAAAUUAUUAAAAAAAAUGGUCCAUUAAAUUCUAUCGAGUAAUAUUAAGGUAAUUAUUACGAGUAGCAGCAAAUGUAUACUUAAAAGUGUGUGCUUACAGUUUAUAUUACUGAAAGGAGUACCUAACAUGCCAAACGAAUUCAAACCUUUGAAGCUAAAAAGCAUGGCUUUAAAUGUAAAAGUGGGACUGAAGUUUCAUUGUCAUUUCUAUUUUGUUCUUUUACCAUUGGACAUUGUAAAUACCUUGUUAAUAAACUACUUAGGGCCACAUAUUUUUUAGAUUUUCUUUUUUAAUAAUUCACACAGCGACCGUGUGUUCCGAACUAUUCUAGUCUUGGAAGAUUUUGAGCAGGUUUCGAUUCCACAUACAGUCGAGUCCUCACUGUCCCGAGUUAGGAUUUUGUGUAUUAUCAUUGUCAACGUUUCUCUCGGGGACGAUCGUGAUUCGUGGCCUUUUCGUAAUUGAUACCUGAUUUUUUUACUAUUUUUUUCAAUUGAUACCAAAAAAUGAUGAAGCUGUUAGACACCGUUACCGAUGGAUCUCUCUUUUUUAGCACUAAACAGUUACGGUCUUUUGGCUUACCAAAUAGUGGGAACGCUUCUGUGUUACCAGCUUUGUAAUUGGUUCUAAAAUGUUGUACAUAUUGUAGACGAUCGUUGAUUUUUAGGCGAUGUGGUUAGCAAACUUUCCUUCUCUCACACACAUUCAAACAUUUUCAAUGAUUGUGAAAGAAUCAGUACUCUUUUAACAAAUGUGGCUCGGCCUAAGUCCUAAUCAAUAAAAUUACGUUCAUUUUAGCAAUAUUUUUAUACUUACCUAGUUUUGAUAAAGAAAAAUAAGGGAUGAAUAAUACUGAAUGUUUCUUGAAAUAUUACUGAUAUUACAACAAAAAUAUAUCUAAAAUAAACGUAAUUUUAUUUUUUAUUGGCCGGGCCACAUUUGUUAAAAGUGUACAGAUUCUUUCAAAAUCACUGAAAACGUUAGAAUGUUCGAGAGAGAAGGAAACUUAGUUAACCACAGCGCAUUAUGUCAUUAAAACGCACGGUUCUCUAAUUUUUUUGAAACUACCCUCUAUUACUUAUUGGGUUAUGUUUCAUUAAAAUCUUAUUAUCCGGCAAUAUUUUUAAGGUUUAUUUUGUAAUGAUAAGUUAUUUUCAAUCGAGGAUGUAGUCUUCAUCGAGCUGUCCUUCGAACGUUGUAUAAAUUAUAUUGAUUUGUAUCUUAUAAGGUACAUACUGUAACUGCAUAUAUGUACGUAGUUUUUUAAACUGUUAAGUAUGAAAUAACAUUACUGUAGUUAUGGAGUUAAGGAAAACGUGUACAUUUUGUAUCGUACUUUGUUUCAAUAAUGAAUAUAUAUUAUUAUAUGGUAAAAAUAAAUCAUCCAGUUUUUAAAAAAUAA